AUGGUAGAGACGAAUGCAGUUAACAUUAAACGUCAAAAUAUUUCAACAAAACUGAUUGAAAUUUCGGAAUAUGUUGAGAGGGUCACCUACUAUAUUCGGGAACCUGAUGUUCGUUGGUUUUACAAGGACGCUUCAGAUAAGCGAUGGACCCCAUUCAACGGUUACGACUCUUUAAACUUGGAAGCGGCGUUCAGGGCUCAGUGUGUCGAACAACAGUACGGUGUCGUGGAUGAGUCAGCCUUGCCUAAUACAAAACACUAUCCUAAUCUACUAUCUGAUACCACCCCGACCAAAAAAGCUCGAAGUGCUGUCAUAACUCCGUCUCCAAAUGUUUCGGUGAUAGGCGGUCUCUAUGAUGUAGAUGUGACAACUCGGAUUUGCAAUCCUGUUUAUUGGGCAAACGGCAGACCUUCCAUGCGUGUCCUCAGAGGGGUAUGGUUUCGUGAUUCCGGCGCUGGUGUCUUUGAUCCCUUGGACGACGAAAUGUUGGUUGAACAAUUGGAAUCCGAGUACUCUAAUUGCUUCUUAAAAUGCAAAUCAGCCAAGAACUCGGUCGAUCCCAUCGAGUCCAUGUCCGAACAGGCAAGAGCUGAAGGUGAAGUCCAACCGAAUCAAACCACAGGAUUUGUGAUGUUGCAUACGGUAGCCAGCGCCCCGACGGUUUUUAGCCAAUUCGCUGUCGGUACAGAGAGUAUCAGCAUUGGUGGUGAAAGUCGACCAAGCUCACCAGUCAGCUCACCAAUCACCGACUUAGUGGCCCCUUCCACCUCGGCGGAAUCUAAACGGAAACUACUAGGAACGCGUCUGUAUCGCGGCUAUAACCAGGUGGCGUGUGCUGACGACAAACCACCAGAUGUGACCCACUUGUGCUUUGUUAUACAUGGAAUCGGGCAGAAAAUGGGUGCGAACAACAUUCACAAGUGUUGUAACGAAUUACGUGAAAACUGCGCUAGAUUGCAGUCAAAAUACUUCACCCAACCGGAAUACACCAAUCAGCGUGUAGAGUUUCUGCCGAUCGAGUGGCGUUCGUCUCUGCAACUGGAUGGAGACACAGUGGAAUCUAUAACCCCAGUUCAUGUUCGUGGUCUUCGGACCAUCUUGAACAGCUCUGCUAUGGACAUCAUGUACUACACCAGCCCACUUUACCGCGCUGAGAUUAGUUCAAGUCUUCUGGCUGAACUCAAUCGCAUGUACACUUUGUUUUGUUCGCGAAACCCUGAAUUUGAGUCUCGUGGCGGCAUGGUUUCUGUGAUUGCGCACUCCUUGGGCUGCGUCCUCGUCUACGAUUUGAUUACUGGAUGGAGCCAACCGUUCUAUCACUACCCUCCCCAGUCUUCUAACACCAAAUGCAUGAUGCCAAACUCGAAUGGCGGUCCCGUACUGACAAAAAAUGGCGGAUCACCAAGUGAUGGUACUACAAUUAGUCAAUGCGAUAGUCAUACCACUGCUUGUGACGGAAACCACCAUGUUUCCCACGCCGCUGAACCAUUGCCUUUCGCUCAGCCUGACAUGAACACCGAUGAUAUCAGUUUGUCAUCGCAGAACUUGCAACAGGUAGCCCGAGUUAGUCUUCAGCUGGAGGCGGCGCGUACAGUUGUUAGUCGACUGGAACAGGAAUUAUCAUCUCUCCUUCGGCCGAAUGUUGCCUGCGCUGACUUUGAUUCAGAUCUUGGUGAAAAGGGCAACGGCUCAGAUCUUUCCUCGGUCAGUUUCCACCUUCCGGAAGCAAUUCCUUCAUCUGAUCUGAACUGCUCAUACUUCACUGGAAACUCUUUGCGGUUCAAAUCGAAUCUUCAAAACUUCUUUUGCCUUGGAUCACCACUACCCGUGUACUUGACUCUCCGUGGCAUUCGACCUGGGGCUUAUACAACACAGGAUAGUAUUCUCCCGCGCCAUCUGUGCCGUCGUAUUCUCAACGUCUAUCAUCCUUCAGAUCCUGUUGCCUAUCGCUUGGAACCUUUAGUCUUGAAGCACUACACUUCAAUACAACCAGCGCUGAUCCAUCGAGCUGACGCACCAGACCAACCGGAUUACGAUGAGCUCCCUCUAAUAACUUCUACUGGGGAAGAGUUGAGGCGGAACCGUCUUUCAGAUACAGUACGUUUUUUCUGGUGUCGUAUUUCGAAAUAUCUUGUAGGUGGGUUUGCACUCGGUGUUCUGCACUACACCUACGAACCGCCUCGAGGACGGCGGAAAAUGCACGCAACCCAACAUAGUAAGGUGCACCAGCUACUUGUGCUCUUUUCCAAUCUCCAGGUUUUAGUUAUGUUUCUAACGACGAUGAUCCAGGGAGAAGGUUGCCACAACAUGUUUAUUUCGUUUUGGAAACUCCAUGAAAUUCUUCGAUAAAGUGUCGCUCUUGCAUGAGCUUAACCACCCA